AUGGCCGCCACAAUCACCACCACCACCACCACCAACGGCCGGCGGCCACCACCACCACCACCAGUCCAAAUCCGGCCCGCCGCACCCACCGACGCCGCCACCAUCGCUACCCUCGGCGCGCACGUCUUCAGCGUGACAUUCGGGCACUCCGUCACCGCCGACGAACUGCAGGCCUACCUCGCCAAAGAAUACACGCCUACCGCCAUCGCCAACGAUCUUUCCAACCCGCAGAAAGACACCAUCCUCGCCGUCGACCCCUCCUCUGGCGAGGUCCUCGGGUUUGCAGUACUUACCCGCGGCUCCAGCGAACCCUGCGUCGAGCAACUCGAGAGCAAGGUCGAGCUGCAGCGCAUCUACGUGCAUCCGGAUGCGCACGGCAAGGGGGUUGGUGGGAGGUUGGGGAGAAGGGUGGAGGAGAUGGCGAGGGAGCAGGGGUUUCGGUGGAUGUGGCUGGGGGUGUGGGAGGAGAAUGUUGUGGCGCAGAAGGCGUAUGAGAAGUGGGGGUACAAGAAGGUGGGAGAGCAUGAUUUUGUGGUUGGGGGGGUUGUGCAGACGGAUUGGAUUAUGACGAAGGAGCUUUAG